AGAGGAGAGGAACGGACCAGAGCCAGUGCAGGCAACGAACCGCGCCCCCUUCCGACCCCAUCAACGAAUCCGAAGGCGAUCCCAAAAAAGAAGGGAAAGAAAACGAGUCUAGCAUUCUAGUACAGACGCUUACACGCACGCCCUGGGGGAAAAAGCUCGUAUUUGACCAUUUUCACCGCCACGCGCGAUGACAACCCCAGUCUCGGGGUCUUCACUCCCUCAGGCCCGAGACGUACAUCAACACCCCCAUCACACUCAUUUUCAGCACAACUCCGGCAGAGACAGCAGCCACCACGACCGUCGUCAACCGCACGCACACAACCACCACCAUCACCACCACCACGCUCGUUCUACCGAUCCCUACGGCACCAGAAGGGGCCACAGGCGGGCUGAUCCGGACCCCGUCACAAUCGUUGAGACCGUCUCCGUCAUCCAGGUGGUCGAUUCUACCGGUUCCGUCAUCACCUUGCAGACCGUUACGCCCACCCAGUCGACUACCACCACUUCCUCCUCCUCAUCACCAUCACCGCCGCCACCUUCUUCUUCUUCGUCGUCGUCGUCCACCACCACCACCACCACUACCACUACUACUAGUACCAGUACUAGUACUACUGCCACUUCGAGUUCCGGUUCCGGUCCCAAUUCUAGUUCUAGUCCCAGUCCUAGUUCUAGCUCUAGCUCUAGUUCUAGUUCCAGCGCGAGUCCCAGUCCUAGUCCCAGUCCUGUCCUUGUUCUCCCUGCACCCCCUGCCAUCCCCGGUAACGAUAAUAUCGUCAUCAGCAGCGGCAGCAGCAGUAUCACCUCCAGUAGCAGCAGCAGUAGUAGUAGCAUUACCGCCAGCACCAGCACCCCCGUCCCAGAUGCGAUUGUCGAACCGAGUACAGGACGCGUAUCCGCUCUAACUCGCCCCCCGACUCCCUCCGCACCGAUCAUCAGCGACGAUGAGGGCGGCCUAUCAUCGACACCUCCUUUCUCGUCGAUAGACCCGACCGUAGCACCGUCGGAGUCCUCGAUGCCUACCUCGUUUCCGACAUUAUCUUACUCGCCUUUGACGUCCACUCCUUUGUCUGGCGCUCCCGCCUUCCCCCCGUUAACUGGCGUGUCUAACACAACCCAAGUCUCUAUCGCGCCCUCGAACAGCACCUCGUCGUCCGCCCCCGCAUUCUCGGCAGAGAAUGUCAGCAGCGUCCUCUUAUCCAGCUCCUCGGGCGCGACCCGCACGACGAGCUCGCGCGUAGCGUCGUCGACCACAUCCUCCUCCUCCUCCUCCUCGCGUACUCCGACUGCGACUGGGUCUGGCUUCGGCGGCGGCUUCGGCGGCGACGGCGACGAGGCGCCGCCUGCCCCGUCCGACGAUGGCGGCUCGGGCUCCCUUAGCAGCGCCGAGGCCGCCACCGUCGCCGGCAGCGUGCUCGGUGGCGUCGCCGCCCUCGCGUUUCUACUCGUUCUCGCGCUCUACUUGCUCAAGUGGAAGAAGCGCCAGAACACCCUGAAACUCAUGCAAGGGUCCGCCGGCGAGCGCGGCCCGUCCGGCAUGUUGGUUGGACCUGCCGGAGAUGGUAAUGGAGGGGGAGAAGGAGGAGGAAGUGGAGGAGGUAAUAGCGGCGGAGGAGGAACAGCCGACGCGCCCAUGACGGAGCGGCGGCCAUCCGCAGGUUUCGCGGUGCCGGCUGCGCUCGCGAGCUUGGGGGGGCUGCGGCGGUCGUCGAGGAAUACGGAGUCGUCGGACGGGGGCGAGCGGGGGUUCGCAAAGUUGUCGGGCAAGCGGCUGCCGUCGGUGCUGCAGUUCGGGGGCGACGGGUACUCGGACCCGCGGGCGACGAUGAUGAGCGAUCAGUCGAUCGAGUACCGCGACUCGCUGGCCUUCCCGGGCCUGGCGGUGCCGGGGCCGACGCGGCUCGCCCUCGGCACGCCGAUGCGGCCCGAGAGCGGCAUCGCCGUCUUCAACCCGGGCCCGGCCCGCACCCCCGUCCAGGAGCAGGGCCCCUUUACCCCCCUGUCCCCCGGCUCCGACACGCUAUCGCCUCUCGAACCGCCGAGGGACCCCCUCGGGCGGUCCCACCCGUCCCACGACGGGUCGAGCCUCUCGCGAGGCUCGGUUUCUCGGUUCACCGAGGAGUUAUGACACCCCUGAUCGAUACCCCAGCGUUCGAUGUGCUCUUUUUGGAUGUCGCCACCAUUACGCCUCGUGUACAGUUUUUCUCUUCUUGGCCCGCCUUUUUUGUGAUGAUACCUACUAUUUUGUCUAAGCCGAUGUCGACACGCUUCUUCUCGCAUCAGGCUGGCGUCUGAUUGCGGCUUUUUUUUUUGAACCGCCCAAAAUUUCCUACAUGGUGUCGUGGGUAAAGGGGGGUUCGGUGAAGGAGGAG